AGUCGCGUUUUCGUUCGUCAUUCUCAGUUCAGAUCUUCAACCACUUACAAAAAAAUAUACAAUAGUGUUACUUUAAUGCCGAAAAUUAACAUUUUUUAUUGUCUUGACCGUGUUACGCUUCCGAGAGACGAGUCUUUGUCAAACGGAGCAAAAAGUGAGCGCCUGACCUGCUCACAUUAGAACAAAUGAUUGGAACAGUCUGACGAAACGCAGCAGCAGCAGCAGCACAAGCAAUAAAUGAUACAAAAAAUUAUUAUAUUAAUAAAAUAUCAAGUUAAUUUAAUCAACUGACACACGAGUUCUUCAUAUGGGAAUCGACAUAAAAAAAAUCAUAAAAUAUUAAGUGUAAGAAGAAAAAGUGUUGAAAUGUGAACAAAAAAUAUUGAUUUGUGAUAUAAAUGUGAUUUCUGCUGAAUAAAACAAAAGAAGAUAAAAUUUAAUUGGAAAAAAGUCCAAAAAAACAAAAAGUCGUUAGCGUUAGUGUGAAGCAAUUAUGCUGUUGAGGCGAAAAUGGCUGAAAAUAAACCAGCUCUGUAUGCGGCGGGAGUAACGUGUCUCGGGUUUGUUUGCUUUGCGUUAUCGGCAACUGCAGUAGGGCUGCCGGUAUGGGGAUACUAUACGAGUUCCGGAUCGUCGUGGGAUACGAACAAGGGGUACUUUGGACCGUGGCGAACGUGUAAACAUCUGAAUUAUGGCAGAGAAAAUUGUCGUCCCGAUCCCAUGGGAUUCAGGGCUCCAGAGGCCGUCUUUUUUACCGGCAUUUUCGGCGUCAUUUCUUGUAUAUGCUUAGGAAUUUUUUGCAUACUGUCCGUUCUACAGAUAGCCAUGAUAUCUGCAAGAGAAAAAGUCGUUAUGAAAUAUAGUGUAUUAGUUGUGUUAAAACUAGUAUUAGUUAUAUUAGCAGUUAUUUUGUCACUGUUAGCAAUUCUCGUGUUCGCCAUCGUGACAGACAACGUUGGCGGACGAUUUCGUGUCUCCAACGGAAUUUCCUUCUACUUGGAACUCUUAGUCAUAGCAUUUUCCAUCGGGUUAUUUGUGCUUGCGCUGUACGAUGUGAUGCUCAGUCGUCGAACGGGCGGCGAUCCAACAAUGCCCGCAGAUCCCAAUGCGCCUGCAAUCACCUUUAACAAUCCCGGUUUCAGAGAACCUGGUCGCAAUGGCGGCAUCUCAAUGACUGAUUCUUCCGCAAAGCCAUAUAGCAGUAUAAAUGGCAGCGUUCAAUCGAUGAACACUACGGUGACUUCCGUGACAAAUGGCUCGUCAAUCGGUAGCGUGACACGAUCUCCGCUGCGCUCAAGUUUGAAGAAGCCACGACAGCAGCGCAGUAACGACGGCUUAGGAAUACAAAAUCCCGGGUUUAGCGGAGGCGGAUCAUCGCCUACGAUGCAACGUUCGGGCAGCGUAAAGAAAGUUCGGAUACAGACACAAUCCACAGAUGUUUGAAUGGAGGGUAAAAAUUAUUUUUUAAGAAUUUUGUUUGAAAAAAUUUUUUUUUUGCUUGGAGACGAAACACAAGAAGCAAUAAUCUCUUUCGAAUCUCCAAUUUUUUUGACCGUUUUGAAAAAAAAUGUGACUGUCUUCCUUCUUAUUAAAAUAAUUUAAGUUAAAAAAAAAAUGUAAAUUUAGUGCUAGAUAUCAAGAAAAGAAAUUGUACCUUGAUAAAGUCAUUAAAAAAUAU